UAAGUGGUUCUGUGUUGGAAGUAGUAAGAUGAUACACUGUGUUGAAGGUUAUUUUUAGGAGAGUAGCGCAAGCUAAAUGAAGACAAAUGGGUAAAAGGAAGUGGUCCAGUUUGGAAGUGAUUCUUUUGGUCCUGUUUCUCCUGAUGACCAUAGUGGCCAUCACUAUGAUCAUCCUUUUUGUCACCGGAGAACCUGGUGUCAUUUCAGAUGAAAGACCAGAUGAAUUUGUUCCUCAGUGCCCCAACAUUCCUUUGACUGAAAGAGUGGACUGUUACCCUGAUGCUGGAGCCUCAAUGUUGAGAUGUGAGGAGCGUGGCUGCUGCUGGAGUCCGCUGAAUGAGCGAAAUGUUCCCUGGUGUUUCUUCCCAACCAACCACGGAUACACUGUGCAAUCAGUACACAGCACCAACUCUUAUGAGCUGCAUGCUGAAUUGGAGAGAAUGGUCUCUCCUUCUAUGUUUGGUGGCGACAUACAGCAGCUGACACUGCAUGCAGAAAUGCAGACAAGCAAUCGACUUCAUUUUAAGAUCUUCGAUGCCAAAAGCAAGAGGUUUGAGGUCCCUCAUGAGCACAUCCCUACAGUCAAGAGCGACUACACAAGCCCUAUCAGCGACACACUCGAAAUCACAAACAACCCCUUUGGCCUGACUGUGCGCAGAAAGGAGAACAAGAAAAUUCUGUUUGACACCACUAUGGCUCCACUUGUGUUUGCGGACCAGUACAUACAGUUGUCUGCUAGGCUUCCAUCUCACAACAUCUACGGUCUGGGGGAGCAUGUGCAUCAAAGAUUUCGCCACGACACAAACUGGAGAACUUGGCCCAUUUUUACCCGAGAUGCUUUCCCUAAUGGGGGAACACACAAUCUCUAUGGACACUAUCCCUUCUUCCUCUGUCUGGAAGAUGAGAGUGGAAAGUCAUUUGGGGUGUUUCUGCUGAACAGCAAUGCCAUGGAGGUGACUUUGCAGCCUGCCCCAGCGGUGACCUACAGGACCAUCGGAGGAAUCCUUGACUUCUACAUCAUGUUUGGGGACACACCAGAACAAGUGGUGCAGGAAUUUGUCGAGCUCAUUGGCAGGCCUGUCAUUCCUGCCUACUGGUCCCUGGGCUUCCAGCUUUCUCGGUGGAACUACGGUAACCUCACUGAAGUCAAAGCCACAGUGGAGAGGAACCGCGCUGUGGACCUCCCAUAUGACAUUCAAUACACUGACAUAGACUACAUGGAAGACAAGAAAGAUUUCACCUAUGAUAAAGUGAAGUUUCGGGAGCUGCCUCAGUUUGCUGACUACCUUCAUGAAAAGGGGCAGAGGUAUAUCCUCAUUCUGGACCCUGCAAUAGCAACUAGUAAAAGGGUAGGGGAUACUCCAUAUGAUUCAUAUGACCGUGGUACUGCGAAAGGCGCUUGGGUCUUUGAAUCAGAUGGAAAAACACCUAUUGUAGGAGAGGUUUGGCCAGGGGAGACGGUAUUCCCAGACUACACCAGCCAAAACUGCAUCGACUGGUGGGUAGAUGAAUACGAGCGAUUCUACCAGGAGAUCAAACACGAUGCCCUCUGGAUUGACAUGAAUGAAGUGGCUAAUUUCCAGAAAGGAUCAGUUAAAGGCUGCGUUGAUAACAAACUGAACUACCCACCCUACACUCCAAAGAUUAUAGAUGAGGUGAUGUACAGUAAGACUCUUUGUAUGGAUGCCAAGCAGGCCUGGGGGGACCACUAUGAUGUCCACAGUUUGUACGGCUACUCUAUGGUGCUGGCCUCUGAAAAAGCCCUGGAACGUGUGUUCGGGUCAAACCGUACCCUGUUGCUGACGCGCUCCUCCUUCCCAGGUGUGGGGAAAUAUUCAGGACAUUGGUUGGGUGACAAUGGUGCCAACUGGAACGACAUAAAAUGGGCUAUUCCUGGCAUGCUGGAGUUUGGGCUAUUCGGAGUUCCCUACAUCGGAGCCGACAUCUGUGGAUUCUUUGAUGAUUCAAGUGAAGAGUUGUGUCGUCGCUGGAUGCAGGUUGGAGCUUUCUAUCCCUUCAGUCGGAACCACAACGCUGAGGGCUACAGGCCCCAGGAUCCUGCUUUUUACGGUGCCGACUCAGUGCUGGUGAGAAGCUCCAGACAUUACCUAAGGAUACGUUACACUCUCCUGCCCUACCUCUACACACUCUUUUACAAAGCCCACACCACAGGGGAGACAGUUGUACGUCCUCUUAUGCACGAGUUCUACUCUGACAGCGCCACCUGGGAUGUAGAUCGCCAGUUUCUCUGGGGAAAAUACCUGCUCAUCACACCUGUGCUUGAUCCGGGUGUGGAAAAUGUCCGGGCAUAUAUUCCAGAUGCGGUGUGGUAUAACUAUGAAACGAUGGAACGGAUAAGAGACCGCAAAGUCUUUGUUGAAAUGUAUCUACCUGCUGACAAGCUUGGCUUACACAUCAGAGGAGGCGCUAUACUUCCUACACAGAAACCCGAAGUCACCACAACAUACAGUCGGCGUAACCCAAUGGGUCUGAUCGUUGCUCUUGAUGACAACAACCAAGCAGCUGGUGAGCUAUUCUGGGAUGAUGGAGAUACCCGAGGCACUGUAGAAAAUGGCAACCAUAUCCACUACCAGUUCUCUUUUGACAACGGAAGACUUAAGUUGCAGGUGACCAAGGCUGGCUACAAGGAUCCAAAUAAUCUUGAAUUUGACAACAUCACCAUCAUGGGAGUGCCUGAUCCUCCCUUGUCUAUCUCUGUGACUCACAUUCCCACUGAAGGUGGUUCUGGCACAACCACAGUACUGCCAAACUCCACGUACUACCAUGAUGGAGCUAAGCAGGUGCUUUUCCUGUACGACCUGUCAUUGACCCUGGGUGAGAGCUACACAAUUGAGUGGGACAUGAUAAACGAAGAUCUUCAACGUUUUGACUGCUAUCCAGAGGAGAAUGCAGAUGAAACCAAAUGCAAGGCCAGGGGCUGUCUUUGGAAAGAAAGUACUAUUACUGGGGCUCCUUGGUGUUACUAUCCAAGUGACUAUGGUUAUGCCGUUACAACACCCGAAAUUACCAAUUCUGGUAUCACACUUGAUAUCACUAGGAAUAUGAAGUACAAGAGCAGCGGCCGUCCAGGCUCACCAGACGUUAACAACCUUCGUGUCCAGAUUCGGUAUCAUACCAGCAACAUGCUACAGUUCAAGAUUUGGGACCCAGCAAAUGAGCGCUUUGAGGUACCAGUGCCACUGUCAGUUCCUACUACUCCUGAGACGGAUGAAAACAAAAGGCUUUACAAGGUCUCAUUCACUGAGAAUCCAUUUGGCAUCCAGGUCAUAAGAAAGAGUACAGGAACCAAGAUCUGGGACUCCGCUGUGCCAGGUUUUACCUUUUCCGACAUGUUUAUCCAAGUGUCGACUCGACUGUCAUCAAAGUUUGUCUACGGCUUUGGAGAAACGGAGCAUCCCACCUAUAAGCAUGAUCUUAACUACCAUACAUGGGGGAUGUUCUCCAAGGACCAGCCUCCUGGUUACAAGAUGAAUUGCUAUGGAGUGCAUCCCUUCUACAUGGGCCUUGAGGAUACAGCUGAUGCUCAUGGGGUGCUGUUGUUAAACAGUAAUGCAAUGGAUGUGACUUUCCAGCCAACUCCUGCUUUGACCUACCGCACUCUUGGAGGCAUCUUGGAUUUCUACAUGGUCCUCGGACCAACACCUGAGAUGGUUGUGCAGGAGUACACCGCACUGAUUGGACGACCUGUUCUACCUGCUUACUGGUCCCUUGGGUUUCAGCUUUGUCGCUAUGGUUAUGCCAAUGACUCUGAAAUAGCAGAGCUAUACAGUGACAUGACUGCAGCUGGUAUACCCUAUGAUGUGCAAUACGCAGACAUUGACUAUAUGGACCGUCAGCUAAACUUUGUCUUGGACCCGGAGUUUAAAGAUCUCCCAAACCUGGUUGACAGAAUGAGAGGAGAAGGCAUGAGGUUCAUCUUCAUUCUGGAUCCAGCCAUCUCAGGCAAUGAAACCAGUUACCCUGCUUUUGACAAUGGGAAAAAAGCUGAUGUCUUCAUCAAAUGGCCGAGUAAUCUCCCUGAUGAAAUUGUGUGGGGAAAGGUCUGGCCUGAUUUUCCAAAUGUCACAGUUAAUGAAGAUCUUGACUGGGACACCCAAGUACAGAUCUAUCGGGCAUAUACUGCAUUCCCAGACUUCUUCCGUACUCAGACCGCAAUAUGGUGGCUAGAAGAAAUUAGGGAAUUCUACAAAGAAAUGAAGUUUGAUGGUCUUUGGAUUGAUAUGAAUGAACCUGCAAGUUUUGUCCAUGGCACAGUUGGUGGUAACUGUCUGGGUAAUCACCUGCUAGAGAACCCUCCAUAUAUGCCACCUCUGGAGUCCAAACAUAUGGGCUUGAACCACAAGACCCUUUGCAUGAACAGUGAACAGAUACUCAGCAAUGGAAAGAAAGUGAAGCAUUAUGAUGUCCAUAACCUCUAUGGAUGGUCCCACACCAAACCUACCUAUGAUGCUUUGCUGGAAGUGACUGGUAAAAGAGGAAUAGUUGUGACUAGAUCUACCUACCCAACGAGUGGGAAAUGGGCAGGACAUUGGCUGGGAGACAACAAUGCUAGCUGGGACCAGCUGUACAAAUCCAUCAUAGGCAUGAUGGAAUUCAGUCUGUUCGGCAUUCCUUAUACUGGUGCAGACAUCUGUGGGUUCUUUAACACAGCUGAAUAUCAAAUGUGUCUUCGCUGGAUGCAACUGGGUGCCUUCUAUCCAUUCUCACGUAACCACAAUGGCAAGGGCAACCCGAGACAAGAUCCUGUAGCCUGGGAUGCCAACUUUGCAAAGGCGUCCCGGGACGUCUUGAACAUCCGUUAUACCCUCCUGCCGUACCUAUACCUGCUGAUGUUUGAGGCACACACUAAAGGAAACACAGUUGUCAGACCAGUGCUGCAUGAGUUUGUAAAAGACAAAGCUACAUGGGACAUCUACAAACAGUUCCUGUGGGGACCUGCCCUCCUCAUUACCCCUGCUCUAGACCCAAAUGUUACAGCGGUAGAAGGCUAUCUUCCAGACGCACGCUGGUAUGACUACCAUACAGCCAAGAAUGUUGGUGUGCGUGCCACAACAAUCACAAUGAACACACCACUGGACCACAUUAACCUUCAUGUCAGAGGUGGAUAUAUCCUACCAUGGCAAAAACCAGAGAACUCCACAUUUUACAGUCGAAAGAAUCCUUUGGGACUCAUUGUUGCCCUGAGUGACUCUGGAAGUGCUCAAGGAUCAUUCUUCUGGGACGACGGAGAAGGAAUAGACACAGUUGGAAGAAACCAAUAUCUCCUGACCUCCUUUGUGGCAGAAGGGAAAAAGUUGUUCAGUCAGGUUGUUCACAACGGUCUAAAUCCGACUGACUAUCUGAACCUGGGUGUGGUGAAGGUUUGGGGAGCAGGCAAUGUCACGGUCACAGCAGCAACCCUAACAGACUCUAGUGGAUUGACGCACCCACUUCCUGUGAAGCACAAUACCACCACUGAGGAGCUGAUUAUGGAUGCUACCUCAUUGGCUGUUCCUCUGCACACGCCUUUCAGUAUAACAUGGAAGACAGGCUGAAAGUGAUACUAUUUUUUGUGUUUUUUUGUUAUGUGAAACAAAAUAUAUGACAUUAAAUCUCUGACCUUAAUUUAUUCUAUCAGUGCUGAAUCUAUUUAAAAAACACAAGUUCCUCUUUCAUUAAUGUGUGUUAAAAUUAAAUGUUAAACAUAAAACUAUGUGAUGAAUAAAAUCUUUGAUAAUGUACAAAUUGUACAAAUGUACAAAUUGUGAUAACUCCAUUUAUUUUGCACUUCUUUAUGACACAUACCUUGAUACAACGAUGAAAAGAAGUAUGCUCUUAAACUCAAAAUCCCUCCAAUAGAAUGAUUUGACUA